AUGAUUUCUACACCGUCAUCAUCCCAUGCUUCACUACGAUCAGCUGGUUCUGACAGGAAAUCAACAGGAGUAGAUCUGAAAGAGGCUCCACAUAAAACCAGUCGAUCAUGGUCUGUGUGGGGAGGUGAUAAAGCUGAAGUAAACUUAAAAAGACCGAAGACGAGCGAGGAAUCUGCAUCACAUAGCAAAAGCUCAGGUCUCGAAACAUCUAGUGUUUGUAAUAUCGAGCCGAGCCACAAGUCAGCUAUGACUCAGGCCUCCGUCAAAUCAUAUGAAAAAAAUGGGAAAGUAAUAUCGUCAGCUUCAGGCAACAUGGUACCGCAAGAGGCAGAUCAAAUGGGACCGUCUGAACAUCAAAACAUUCGAAAAGAAGAUCCGACAACCGAAGGAGAAGAUAAAUCCAAUAAAAGAACAUGGUUUUUCUGGAAUAGAGUCUCAAACAAUCAAAAAAACGGCACUACAAGUGAAGUUGAACAAAUAGCUACUUCUUCCAAAAACGACAGCCAAAUGACGAAUACGUUUAUCCCGUACUCUGAGACGGAUGCAAUACUUAUCAAAGGUAAGUCAGCUACUGAAAUAACAGAGCAAGAGAAUAUCCAGGUUAAUGAGAAUCCCCAUCCUAACAUUGUUGUGCCAAGUUUUGACGUGCUACCUCAUCAGACAACCUGGACGAGUAUAUCGAGUUGCAUUAAUAAAUGGGCGAAUAGCUGGAGUAUUAUUUCGGAGAAGAGGUUGAAGCAGAAAUGUUUAUAUCGAAGAGACCCACAAGAGAGUUUAUUGAAACUAUCAAAUGACAAUUCCCAUCCCAUCAAAGUACUAAUUGUGGGCGUUCAUGGAUUCUUCCCUACAAAAAUGAUUAGACCAUUUAUCGGAGAGCCAACCGGAACAUCAAUUAAGUUCAUUUCAGAGGCCGAGAAGGUACUAACAGAGUAUUUCAAUAAAAACGAAACAAAAGUUCAAAUCAGUAAAAUUGCAUUAGAACGUGAAGGCGAGGUAAUGGAUCGUGUUGAUUUCUUUUUUGAGGUUAUGAAAUCCUGGGCAAAGGAAAUCAAUCAGGCUGAUUUCGUUUAUUUUGUUGCUCAUUCGCAAGGCUGUCCGGUGACGAUCCUGUUAUUAGCAAGAUUAAUAGAUUGUGGAAUUGUAAACUUGGAUACAGCUAUGUUUUCCAAUGAAGAACUUGUUCCACAAUGUAAGAACAAAAAGAUUAUUUCUAUUUUAGCUAUGGCAGGUAUUAAUAAUGGCCCCUUUUACGGUGCAGAUCAAACUCUAUUUGUGAGAGCAUAUCAAACAAUUGAAAAAGAAUCUCUUCGAGAGCUAUUCCAAUUUCAAAAAUUUGACUCAAUAUUGUCACGACAACUUAUUAGAAGCAUACGAAUAAUAAUAAGGAGUGGCGUGAAAAUCUCGUUUAUAGGUUCCAUUAAUGAUCAGCUGGUUCCCCUGUACUCCUCAAUGUGUUUGUUUGCUCAUCAUCCAAAUAUAUUUAGGGCUACAUUCAUAGAUAUCGAGUCCCGUACUCCAAAGUUUAUUAAGCGACUUGUAAACAUAGCUGGAACAUUAAUAAACUUGGGAUACGAUGAUCAUGGCAUCAUCAAAGAAAUUAGUGGAGCGUUAGCUGGAACACUAACCGGAGGUGGUCAUUCAACGGUGUACAACGAAGCUCAGGUGUAUGAAAUUGGGCUAAAAUUUGCUCUAGAAACAACAGACUGCAUUGCUGACACCCCUGUUGAAUUCAAACCGUUCAAACUGGAUCAACUUGGCGCAAAUCCAUUUCAUCUACCCUGGUGCAUGAGGGGCCUCCUCUACGAAACAGGCAGACGCUUCGAUGAUGAUGAAACACAUCAACUUUUCUCAGAAUUUGAGGAAUGGGAACCAGAAACAAAACAACUAAAGGACGUGAAAUAUAGAUUAAACGGGUUGAAAUCAAAGCUAUGA